GGACGCGGGGACGCGGCUUUGUGCAGGCGGGUCGCGGGGCGCCCAUGGCGGAGUGCGGCCGGGGGGGCGCCGCCGGCGGGGCUCUGCCCACCUCCCCGGGCCCGGCCCUCGGCGCCAAGGGCGCCCUGAAAGCCGGAGUGGGGGAAGGCAGUGGCGGGGGAGGUCGCCUCGGCCACGGGCGAGCGCGCUAUGACAGCGGCGGGGUUUCCAACGGAGACUGCAGCCUCGGCGUGUCCGGGGACGAAGCCCGGGCCAGCCCCGCCAGGGGACCCCGCGGCGUUGCGCUCGCCCCGACCCCCAGCCCGGCCGUCUGUCCCCUCCCCCGGGAGAGCAAGCCGGGCGGCCUGCCCCGCCGGAGCAGCAUCAUCAAGGAUGGUACAAAACAGAAACGGGAACGAAAAAAGACAGUCUCAUUCAGCAGCAUGCCGACAGAGAAGAAGAUCAGCAGUGCAAGUGAUUGUAUUAAUUCAAUGGUUGAGGGUUCAGAACUCAAAAAGGUUCGCUCCAACUCUAGAAUUUAUCAUAGGUACUUUUUACUGGAUGCCGACAUGCAGAGCCUCAGGUGGGAGCCGUCAAAGAAGGAUUCUGAGAAAGCUAAGAUCGACAUUAAAUCCAUCAAGGAAGUCAGAACAGGAAAAAACACAGACAUAUUCCGCAGCAAUGGCAUUUCUGACCAGAUAUCUGAAGAUUGUGCAUUUUCUAUCAUAUAUGGAGAGAAUUAUGAGUCACUGGAUUUGGUUGCCAACUCCGCAGAUGUUGCAAACAUCUGGGUUACGGGACUGCGGUACCUAAUUUCUUAUGGAAAACAUACACUUGAUAUGCUAGAAAGUAGCCAAGAUAACAUGAGGACUUCUUGGGUUUCACAAAUGUUUAGUGAAAUCGAUGUAGAUAACCUUGGACAUAUAACUCUGUGUAAUGCUGUGCAAUGUAUCAGAAACCUCAAUCCUGGUUUAAAAACGAGCAAAAUUGAGCUUAAGUUCAAAGAAUUGCAUAAAUCAAAGGACAAAGCUGGUACUGAGGUCACAAAGGAAGAAUUUAUUGAGGUUUUUCAUGAGCUUUGUACUAGACCUGAAAUUUAUUUCCUUUUAGUUCAGUUUUCAAGCAAUAAAGAAUUCCUUGAUACCAAGGACCUUAUGAUGUUUCUUGAGGCAGAACAGGGUGUGGCACACAUAAAUGAGGAAAUAAGCCUUGAAAUUAUUCACAAAUAUGAGCCAUCCAAAGAGGGUCAGGAAAAGGGCUGGCUCUCCAUAGACGGGUUUACUAAUUACCUUAUGUCACCUGACUGUUAUAUAUUUGAUCCAGAACAUAAGAAGGUCUGUCAGGAUAUGAAGCAACCUCUGUCUCAUUACUUUAUAAACUCCUCUCAUAAUACAUACUUAAUAGAGGAUCAGUUCCGAGGUCCCUCAGAUAUUACAGGAUAUAUUCGAGCUCUUAAAAUGGGUUGUCGGAGUGUUGAAUUAGAUGUAUGGGACGGGCCAGACAAUGAACCUGUAAUUUACACGGGCCACACCAUGACUUCUCAGAUAGUCUUCCGCAGUGUCAUUGAUAUUAUUAAUAAGUAUGCAUUCUUUGCUUCAGAGUAUCCUCUUAUAUUGUGUUUAGAAAACCACUGUUCCAUUAAACAGCAGAAGGUAAUGGUUCAGCACAUGAAGAAACUCUUAGGAGACAAGCUCUAUACAACGUUACCCAAUGUUGAGGAAUCUUAUCUACCAUCCCCAGAUGUCCUGAAAGGGAAAAUACUAAUUAAAGCAAAGAAGCUGUCCUCAAACUGCUCUGGGGUAGAAGGAGAUGUUACUGAUGAAGAUGAAGGAGCAGAAAUGUCUCAGAGGAUGGGAAAAGAGAACAUGGAGCAACCCAACAAUGUGCCUGUGAAGCGAUUUCAGCUUUGUAAAGAACUCUCUGAACUGGUCAGCAUCUGCAAAUCAGUUCAGUUCAAAGAAUUUCAGGUGUCCUUUCAGGUUCAGAAGUACUGGGAAGUCUGUUCCUUUAAUGAAGUGCUUGCCAGCAAGUAUGCCAAUGAAAAUCCAGGAGACUUUGUAAAUUACAACAAACGUUUUCUAGCUAGGGUUUUUCCCAGUCCAAUGAGAAUUGACUCCAGUAACAUGAACCCUCAAGAUUUUUGGAAAUGUGGUUGCCAAAUUGUAGCCAUGAACUUUCAGACACCAGGACUGAUGAUGGACCUGAAUAUCGGCUGGUUUAGGCAGAACGGAAACUGUGGCUAUGUCCUCCGGCCGGCCAUCAUGAGGGAGGAGGUCUCCUUCUUCAGCGCCAAUACAAAAGACUCUGUCCCAGGGGUCUCACCUCAGCUUCUUCACAUUAAAAUCAUCAGUGGGCAGAACUUCCCCAAGCCCAAAGGAUCAGGUGCCAAAGGCGAUGUGGUAGAUCCUUAUGUCUAUGUUGAAAUCCAUGGAAUCCCUGCUGAUUGUGCAGAACAAAGGACAAAAACAGUGCACCAGAAUGGAGAUGCUCCCAUUUUUGAUGAAAGCUUUGAAUUUCAAAUUAACCUGCCUGAACUGGCCAUGGUGCGCUUUGUAGUGCUGGACGAUGACUACAUCGGGGAUGAAUUCAUAGGCCAGUACACAAUUCCCUUUGAAUGUUUACAGACGGGCUACCGCCACGUCCCCCUGCAGUCCUUGACCGGAGAGGUCCUUGCACAUGCUUCUUUAUUUGUCCAUGUGGCUAUUACUAACAGAAGAGGAGGAGGGAAGCCUCAUAAAAGGGGCCUUUCUGUGAGAAAAGGGAAGAAAUCCAGGGAAUAUGCAUCUUUGAGAACAUUGUGGAUUAAAACUGUAGAUGAGGUGUUCAAGAAUGCCCAGCCCCCUAUACGGGAUGCCACAGAUCUCAGAGAAAACAUGCAGAAUGCGGUGGUGUCAUUCAAGGAGCUGUGUGGCCUCUCCUCUGUGGCCAAUCUCAUGCAGUGCAUGUUAGCUGUGUCUCCCCGCUUUCUGGGGCCCGAUAACACACCACUGGUAGUCCUGAAUCUCAGUGAGCAGUACCCCACAAUGGAGCUGCAGGGAAUCGUGCCGGAGGUUCUGAAGAAGAUCGUAACAACUUAUGACAUGAACACCCUCCUUCCACCACUUUACAGUGACUCACAAGCUGCAACUCUUCCAAUACCCACUGCCACCAGCAACCUUCAGGUCUUUUUCAAGGUUAAUGGCCACGUUUAUUGUAAUAUUCUUUCAUUCUUUAACCACUUAACGUAUGCAGAACAAUGAAAUGUCUUUUUAUGUGUCACUGCCAAAGUUUUGAGUGUUGUGUCCCAAUCCACUUUCCUUAUAAGCCCUGUGGUUUUUAUUGCACAAUUUUGUAUAGUGAGGUGAGUUUCAGGAUUGCAGAGCUGUCAUACUGCAAUUACAGCAGGUCCUUGAAUAAUGUCAUGUUGUUCUGCAUCAUUUCAUUAUGUCAUUCAAGAAGGAAAAAAAGUCGAUUCCCAGCUGGGGCCACUUGUAUGGAGUUUGCAUGUUCUCCCAUAUCUGUGUGGGUUUUCUCCAGGUACUGUGGUUUCCGCCCACUUACCAAAGAUGAAUGCCAGGUGAACUGGACAAUCCAGGGUCUCAGUGUGAGUGAGUAUGGUUGUGUGUGUGAGUAUACCCUGCAAUGAGAUGGCAUCCUGUCCAGGGUGCGUUCCUCUUGCACCCUGAGCUGCUAGGGUAGGCUCUGGCCACCUUAGAUCCUGACUGGAAUAAGUGGGCUGGGAAAUGAAUGAACGAAUAUAAGUUACUGGAAAAUAAAAAUUUGUCAAGUAUUUGAAAAUCAUCCAAAUGCACGAUGGUAUUUGUUAACUGUUUUUGAGCUGUGUGAUAGUAGGAGGUUCCUCCGAAAACUUUCAUUUUGCAAACAUUUGUUCCUUGAUUUAAUACACCACCACUAUGACUACUAUCACUUAGGGAUUCACCACAAAUUGAGUAAAUAAUGAUCUUCCUUGUUUUCAUUAAUCUUUCUUAAAUGUAUGUAUAGUUCACAUUUAUUUCAUCAUUUAAAAUUAGAAGUGUUUUCAUCUUUAUUGAGAAGUUUGAUGAUGUUUUUGUGACCAGAAAUAUGCUGUGGAAAUGUAAUUCUUGUUUCUAUCAGUUAGCCUCUGGUAAAAUUGCUUUUGUUGUACCUUGUUCACUUAAAGUCCCAGUUUCCAGGAACCUAUCCAUGUUAAGAAAAGACUUAAUGUAUAUUCUCCAAAAUUACUCAAGAUCACCAAAUGAGCAGACUCACAGCUUCCAGUACUGUGGACUCACCCUCCUCCCAGCACCUCUCUCUGCACACAUCUGUAAAUGUUUAGUAUCCUUGUUUUUUCCUGCCCUCUGACCACUCUUGCACCUGUCAUACUAGUUAUUAUUCUCUCUACUUAUUCCAGUGAUUCUGGGGCAUCUUGCAGUGUUCAUUCAUCUUUAAAAUUCCUCCCUCAGAGAUACAGACAUUUUUUCAUCUCAGCUACUAACUCUGUGCAGAAAAUUUUCAAUUAUCCAGUGCCAGAACCAAGUGUCACAUAAUUUCUGGUUGCUACUGGAGAUUCUUAGGCUUCCCUACUGUAACCACCAGCUCAGUACAACUAAGGUGGAAGUUCACAUCCUAAAUGCAUUAACAUACUUAACGGAAUUAUAAAGCACUGUACAACUGUACAGUGUGUAACAUGUUUAGUUGUAAGCUCUAAAGCACCCUGUAACUGUAUGGUGUGUUACAAUUUUUCUAAUCCUGACCAGUUUUCCUCUCUUAUCUUGGCUCUUCCUUCUGUGUCCACAGCACAUCAACCACCUUGGAGUCUUCCUCUACACCAUCUCUUCAUGUCAUCCUUUCUUUCCCAGCCCCUCUGCAGCCAUUCAAGUCCCUCAUAUAGCAGCGGCCCCCACCUGCUUCCUGUUUCCACUUUUGUGCCCCCAUCUCCCAUUUCUUCUUCACACUGAUCCUUGUUCAUGGUUCUGAGAUUUUAUUUUGAUCACAACACCUCUGCUUAACAUUGUCAAGAGUUUGUGAUGAAAUUCAGACUCCACAGUGUAGAAGUGAGGAUCUUAGCCAAUCUGGCCCUUGCUCCUUUUCAAUUCAUGUUUCCUCACAUUCUCUAACACGAGUUGAUAUGCCUAGACAGCUUAACAAUAUUUUAUAUGAUUUCAAGUCCUGCCCUUCCGCAUCAUGCCUGCAGUGGGGUCAUAUGUGUGGCAGCGCCCAAAUAUACUCCUCUGUAUGUUUGUUAACAGUUGAAUAGUACUUUUUAUCAAGCACAUCUCAGGUUCUUUCUAUAACUUUCUUUUAUAUAGGCUUUUAUUUUCCCUAUAAUUUGCAUAGUGAAAGAUGUAGUAGUGGAAGUGAAGUUUCAUGACACACCCAGGACAAGUUACUCUGGAAACGAUUUGUUAUUUAGAAAGUGUUUUCAUAGUGACCUUGCUGGAAAGGAACGGGACCACAGCUCUUUAAGAUAUGGUGGAUCUCGACACUUGGAUCGUCACCAGCUCUCUGCCCUCCCCACAGUGGACCGCAGCUGCAGUUCUCCCUCCAUGUGAGAUGGAAAAGGGAGCUGGGUUUCAUUGUAGCACGCAGCUGGGCAAAGACCCCUACAGCAAUAAUCCUUUAGCAUUUCAAUUUAAAUAUGUGACUUCUGUAUUAUGUUUAGGUAUUUAAAACUGUGUUUUAUUUUCCAACAAUAACUUUAUAAACGGUGCCUCUUCUAUUAGUUCAACUCUGUGAGAUUUUUCUGUACUUGGAAGCUUUAGUAAAGGAAAAACUUAACCUCUAGGUUUCAGUUAAGAAGUCUCAAAUCCUGAUGUUUUAGGACCAAACUAAAGUUCUUCACCCAUACAGUAAUAAUUAUUUUAAAAUGUUAAAAAGAGAAAUUACAUUGUAACUCAGAGAGGUAUUUCUUUCAAGACAGCAGAAAAAAGCACCAAAGCUUACAAACUCCUGAGGGCAUCUUGAUCUUACUUUCUGCCCCAUUGAAGGCAUUAGUGAACUGACCAGCCUCGCAGGGGCCACACAGCACAACAAGGCUGAUCAUCCACCAGGAACAUUGAGCUUUAAGAGGCUGUUUUAAUCCAUUUUGUGCUGCUAUAACAGAAUACCACAGCCUGAGGAAUUUAUAAAAACUCAAACUGAUUUUCUUAGAGUUGUGAAGGCUGAGAAGUCCAAAAUCAAGGCUCAGUAUCUUGCGUGGGUCUUCUGACUGGGUCCUCACGUGGCGGGAUACAGAAGGAUACUAGCUAAACACUGUGUGAAACCUCUUCUAUAAGGACCUUAAUCCCAUUGACUAGGAGGAGUCCUCUUGGCUUCAUCACCUUUUAAAGACCCUGCCUGUUACUACAAUCACAUAGGCAAUACUUCAAUUUUGAAGGCGACACAUUUAAACCAUAGCAGAGGCUGCCAAUCAACUAAUUCUGACUAGAUGGGGAAAAAUUACUUUGGAUUGAAUUAAUUCCUGUCUUCUGAAAACCUUAUCCAUGAUCACAUUUGCUAUUUUGUAUUCAUUCCUGGAGUCCAGAGAAACAAGUCCUGCUUUGGUCCAGUCCUCCCAAGGUCAUCCUGAGCCUGGUGGUGCCUGAAGCUACAUCUGCCUCCUGGGCAUUCACUGGUCCACUGAGGCCUAUCAUGGAUCUCCAAGAGGGUCAUGGCAGUAUGGGGUCAUUCACAGGAGUAUACGUUGUCAUUUUUGUAAGUCCAUUGGCGUGUUUGAGAAUGAUAAUCUUUAAAUUUUUUGAGUUUGGAAAGAUACUUCCCUGUUAUGUGUCAAAUAAUUAUGAAGCUUUUUUUUACGAUCUAGGCUUUUACUUUUUUUUUUUGAG